UAUCAGGAAUUUAAGAUCAGACCAUCUGACUGCACAUGUGCAUCAACCUGCACCAGAUCCAUGCAUCUUUGCGAUGUAAAAAAAAAAAAGGUGAAAGGUAUACAGGCAGUCCUGAAGCAUGGCAGCAUCGCAUCUCUCUUCUCGUGCACUCAGCUCUCCUGAUGCUGCCAAGCGGCGCUGCGCUCUGUGAGAGAAAUCAAAGCGCAGGCGUGGAGUCGGGAGGGAGCCUGAUAUCUUUGCUGCAGACAGACUGUGGUGGCUGUUACUGUACUGUACAUGGCCAUUGAUGCUGCUGGAUAGAUGUAGCCCCUCCUGAUGUCAAUAAGAAUGGCGAGGCCAGCGGGUCUAACAUGCCGCGUAAUCUCUGCUUGACAUCGGAUCAUUUUUGACGCCACCAUCAUCAUCAUCAUCGGGAUUUGAUAGUGCAGAAGAAAAACGCGCGAGGGCCUUUUUUUUUUUUUUUUUUUUUUUUCCUCCUCCUCGUCUUCUUCAUCUUUGCCUUUGACAGCUCGCCUGAUGAUGAUUUCCAUUUGACACAAGAGAGAGCAAAAGAAAAAGCAAGACGGGCGGCUUCUUCUAAUAAACACUCGGGAUAAAACAGGUCAUUAUGACCUUAGUAUCCUCCAGUAAAAGAAAACCAUCGGAUUGCUUUUACGCGGCAGCUUUCUGCUUGCAUUUUUUGCUUUGGGUUUCGUGUGCUGUGUCCGGAGAGGAGGAUCAUCAGUUCAGCGUUGAGGGAUGGCUACAGAGGUAUGGCUACCUUCCCCGCACAGAACCGGGAAUGUCCGUCCUGCGCUCGGCCCAAACCAUGCACUCAGCCAUUGCUGCCAUGCAGCGCGUCUAUGGUCUCAAUGUCACAGGGACACUGGAUGAGAAAACCAAGGAUGAUAUCACGCUGAGUUGGAUGCAAAAGCCUCGCUGUGGCGUUCCGGACAAAUUCAAAAGUGCUGCGAGGUCACGGAAGCGGAGAUACGCGCUGACAGGACAGAGGUGGCAGCGUGCACACAUCACCUACAGCAUAAAAAAUGUCACACCAAAGGUGGGCGCCCGGGAGACUCACGAUGCCAUCCGGCGGGCGUUUGACGUGUGGCAGGGUGUGACUCCCUUACGCUUUGAGGCCGUUCCAUACAGCGCGCUGGAGACUGGCAGGCGUGACGUGGACAUCACCAUCAUCUUCGCUUCGGGUUUCCACGGUGACAGCUCACCCUUCGACGGGGAGGGCGGAUUCCUAGCCCACGCCUAUUUCCCGGGCCCAGGCAUAGGAGGGGACACGCACUUUGACUCUGAUGAGCCCUGGACCCUGGGGAACCCCAACCAUGACGGUAACGACCUGUUCUUGGUUGCGGUGCAUGAGCUGGGCCACGCCCUCGGCCUGGAACACUCCAACGACCCCACCGCCAUCAUGGCUCCUUUCUACCAGUACAUGGACACAGAGAACUUCAAACUACCUCACGAUGACCUGCAGGGCAUCCAGAAAAUCUAUGGUAACCCUCUGGUCUAUGGUCCACCAGAUAGAGCACCGCAGCCUACCAGGCCCCCUCCCACGGUCCCUCCUCCUCGCUUCCACCCUCCCUCAGACCCCCGUAAGCAUGACCGCCAUGCCAGACCCCAUCGCCCUCCGCAGGGGGCCAAGCCCUCCAACCCCAACUCCAAACCCAACAUCUGCGAUGGAGGCUUCAACACCCUGGCCAUCCUCCGGCAGGAGCUUUUUGUGUUCAAGGACCAGUGGUUUUGGAGGGUACGAGACAACUCAGUAGUCCCUGGCUACCCCAUGCAGAUCAACUACUUCUGGAAAGGCCUGCCUCCCAAAAUUGAUGCCGUGUAUGAAAAUAGCGAAGGGAAGUUCGUCUUUUUCAAAGGAAACCGUUUCUGGGUCUUCAAGGACACAACUCUCCAGCCUUCGUACCCUCAGGACAUCUCGCUGUUCGGGAGCGGCAUGCCCACUCAGAGUAUCGAGACAGCUGUCUGGUGGGAGGAUGUCGCCAAAACCUACUUCUUCAAAGGAGACAGGUACUGGAGGUACAAUGAGGACAUGAGGACCAUGGAUCCAGGUUACCCCAAACCCAUCACCAUCUGGAAGGGCAUCCCUGACUCUCCACAGGGGGCUUUUGUGGAUAAGGCCAACGGUAUGGCAGCUUUGAAUAGUUUCACCUACUUUUACAAGGGAAAGGAGUACUGGAAGUUCAACAACCAGCUGCUUCGCGUGGAACCCGGCUACCCGAGGUCCAUCCUGAGGGACUUCAUGGGCUGCGACGGCCUACCCGCCGACCCCGACUGGGACUGGAACCCCCCGGCGGUGGAGGAACGCCACUACGACAACGGCGACGUGGACGUCGUCAUCAAACUGGACAGCGCGGGGGGCACGGAGAAAGCGGUGGCCAUCGCCAUCCCCUGCGUCCUGGCGCUGUGCAUGAUGGUCCUCCUCUACACCGUUUUCCAGUUCAGGAGGAAGAGCACGCAGCGCCACAUACUGUACUGCAAGCGCUCCAUGCAGGAGUGGGUCUGAGGGACUGUUAUCGCACUGUAUAGGGAGGGGUGUGAAGCUCUGAUAGACGUCUAGUUAUUACUUGAAGCCCUAAGUACAGUAAUUGGAAGCACUGUAAAGGGUGCAGUACAUGAGGAUUGCCAUGUUGGCAGAUUUUAAAACUGCUUGAACUCGUAACAAGCUGCAAGGAAGCGAAACGAUCAGCAGAACUCAAGCGAAGACAGUGAGGGAGCCACAUCUCCUGUGUCCAACUAAUAUGUAUGUAUCUGCUUUGACUUUUUUUCUGUAUCUUGGAAUGAACUCAAUUAAGUGAGACAGAGUUAAGCUACUGUAAGUGGGACCUUUGUCUAUCCUCGUCUCUGCACGCCGCUUAAAAAGCCCCUAGCACUAACUUCAGUGGACAAAUUAGAUAUAGGCUCCUACUUUACUUUCAUUUCUUAAUUAAAUCGCUCUGAGCUGUGCUUCUUUUUUCUUUUCUUUUUUUCAUUUACGGUCCCUGUAAAAGAUUAUUCAUUGUGUGGAGGACUGAUACACAAACCAAAUAUGACCUUUUCUUCCAAAGAGGAUUACUGCUCGAUGUUGUUUUUUGAUGGGAUGUUUUUCCUCCAUGGAUCGAAACAUUGUGUGGCAUCAUACUCACAUUUUCUUUUCGCCAUUGGUAUUCACAUCCACCCGUCUGCUCUGUAAUCUGUGGGGAUAGGAAGCAGCCGUUAGUAAGAGCUAGGAACUCAAGACUGUUGUGGCAGUGUAUCUCCAAAACGGGGGCCAAAAACCUCUCUGCAAUAUUUAUGAGACUGCCUUAAUCACAGAUUGCUUAAACUCCCUUCUCUUUCUCUCUGCUUCUCUGGUGUGGGAGCUGGAUACUCGAGUGACACAGUAGGAAUACAAACAGUGUAUAAAUGCAUUCAUUACUGCCCAUAAUGCAACUUCAGAAGCAUGUAGUAGGACAGUUUGAUCCACAAUGGGUUCAUUGCUCUUGAAAAUGUGCUAAGCAGUGCUAAAUACCUGAUGGCAAGCAGGCUAUCAGCUUUCAUUUACUGCCUCACCGGAGGGUACGAGAGAGAAAGGGAAGGUUAGUUGUGUGCGUGUGUUUGUGAGCGUAUGUGUGAGUGUGUGAAAGAGACAGUGAUUAGCCACACGAUAUAUGUACUGUACUGUAUUGUCAACAGCUAACAAAUCAUGCUUCCCUUUUUUUUCCUGCCAAGUUUGGACACUAAUACUCCAAACAGUGUCAGUCCAUGCAUUUUAAAACAGCUUUUUUUUCAACUUUUGUACAAGGUUUGUAAGUUUACAUAAUAUUUCACAUAGCAAAAGGACACAGAGUGGUAAAAACUACAUGUACCCAUUUUUAAAAUGAUACAGUAUUUCUCAUUUAAAAAAGCCAUCAUCACUGCAUCUCUAGUCAUCACAGGCCUUGUUUCAGUGGCUCCAUCUUCUCGCUAAGUUAUUGCAAAUAGUUUUUUUGAGGAAAUGCAAAGUGAAGCAACUGUUGUAAAGAAACUUAUUGAUGUCUGAAUUCUGGAUGUCAGGAUAAAAAAAGUUCAACCGAUUUAACCUGUGUGUUCAAUAAUGGAACCAGGUAGUUUUAUGAACUGUAAUUGUACUUAUUCAAAAAACUAUACUUAUGUUAUAUUAACAAAUUACUAAUAAAUGUUUAUAAAACUAACAUUGGAAUUAACUAACAGGCAUAUCGGAAAAACCAAAACUUAAUCUGAUGACAAAUAUUCCACGUAUAUAUCUUGAUCUAUGAUGUCGUAUAUAUUUAUGACGUCAUACGUGAACCAUAAUAUGUUUCAAAGAGUUUAAUCAGCUGACUAUGAGACACAAUUUAGUGAUAUAAAGCAAAACAAACAACUCUCUCUGAGGUGAGAUGGAGCUAAACUGAGCAGGAGCUUUUUUCUGUCCCUGUGUAUUGUAUUAAAAAUGCAAUACACAGCAUAUGAAAUAUAUCGUCUCGCAAUUGCCUUCGAUUGCUGCCAUACAUGUAACAAUGUGGUUGUGCGGUGUAGCGUUUCUCAGUUUGCCGGAUGACCUGUCUGUGAGCAUUCAUGAUGUGAUUUCUAUUUCUUUUUUUUUUAAUAUAUUUGUGCUCCUUGAUUUUGUUACUCUUUUACUUGAAAUGGUCAUCAACACCAACUGUACAGGAUACAUAAUCUUCCGUUAAUAUCAAGGUAAUGCCAUUUUUUGCCAUAUCACAGAAGGAAUUAAGUGAUUUUAAAAUGUCUAUAAUCUAUGAAUCAUCUAAAGAAGGGUAAAAGUGGUUGGACCUCGGUUUAGAUGGUGGUUUUAUCUUAUCAUCAUUCGUAAGGGAUAAAAACCUACAUAUGUAAGGGCAAUGCAUGCCGUUGUUAAACUAAGAUGUCAUUCUUUCAAGGAUCAUUCGGACGCUCUUGUGCUUAUUCAGUCUCUCCCAUGAUGGUUAAACGAAGUGACUGAUCAGCAUUGCAGGUUUCUGUUGGAUGCCGUUGACAGAUCCAAACUGUCAUCUUUUAUAAAACCGUGUGAAACUACUAGCUUCCAGCCGGUCCUCCCUGUUCCAAUCUUCAGGCGAUUGUCAAACUGAUGAAAGAAAAUGAACACGUUUUAAAGGCAGGAACAUCUUUGCUGUCCUAAAGCAGUGUUGAAUCGCAGCGGCCACUGUAAUUUAAGGUGGAGGCAAAAACCUUUGGCUCAGUGUUGUGUGUGAUGUCUUAUCAGUUUGUGUGUUUGUGGCGAGGGUGUGACGGCUCCAGCGAGAGUGAAUUAAAGACGGCCGGCGAGGCGAGUCGGUACUGUAUUUAUCGCCACAUUUAUUCCUCUGUGCUCAGCACCUCAAAUCUUGCAUUGCAUUGUACUGAGGGCAAGAAGCUGUCAAUAAAGUGGGUUUAAAAUGCAAUGUUUUUUUUUUCUAUACAAAUAAUCCUCCUCCUUCUGUUACUGCCUCAACAACAAAUAAUUCAUCUGGUGCGAAUGCUUUUCCAUCUCUCAGAAGUAAAUCACUAACUUGAAAAGGUUACAUAUUUAAAAUGCUCUUUUUAACACUUAAAUCACUUGAAAUAACUGACAUUUUAGAUGUGGACUGAGCGUAAGCGGGAAGUGUCAAUUCUCUGACCUGUCCUUGUUUAUCUCCAGACUCCUCAGAGCUUUUUUUUUUCGUCUGCCUUGACACACGCUGCUAAGCAUUAGGGCUAAUUUGGAGCGUCGUUAAAGGAAGUAGAUGGGGCCGAUAGACAGCAGUCGAUACACCAGAGAGGCGAGGGUGCGGAAGAGACGGGGAGCAUUUUGCAAUCAUUGCAGUCGAGAUCUUAUACACAGAUUCAUGCAGUAUAUACUCCAAGGCAUAGUGUAUGAGAAGUAAACAUAUUGCAUAAUAUGUACAUAAAGACAAGAGUGUAUAUUGUCUGCUUGGGAGUAUUUUGUUUUUAAGCCAUUCAUUCCAUGGAUAAAGAAAAUGCUGUGUGUUGUAAAUAAAACAAGUGCAUAAUGA